AUUCUUAAAAAAAACAAUCGUAAAAAGGGCGCAAAAAGGCGCUAAAGAAAAGGUCUGAAUCGGUAGAAGAAUUGAAAAAUAGUGGACAGAAUGGAAUAUUUUGUGAAGCAAAUAGGAGAAUUUAGUGGGUCGGCUAUUUUAAUAUUAGCUCUUCUAAUAGGCCUUUCCACAGGCUGGUUUUUGAGAGGACAGAUAAACAUAAACGGCGCUUUGAAUGAACAGCCAGCAAUGUUGGAUUUGGCAAAUGGAUUUGGUGAAUACAAGAUGGUUUUAGUGGUUAGACAAGAUCUUGGAAUGGGGAAAGGAAAAGUUGCUGCACAAUGCUGUCAUGCUGCGGUUGGUCUUUGUAAACAGCUGGAAAAGAGUAACCCCAAGCUUCUACAUCAAUGGGAACAAACAGCUUGUGCUAAAGUUGUUGUAAAGGCACCAGAUGAAACAACACUAGUGGACCUCACAAGAAAAGGAAGAUCUUUGGGUUUAGAGACAUGUCUUGUAAAAGAUGCAGGCAGGACACAAAUAGCCCCUGGUUCUAAAACUGUCCUUGGUGUAGGACCAGGCCCAGUUGAUCUGGUGGAUAAAGUGACAGGCCAUCUAAAGUUGUAUUGAAAAUCAAUAACGUGGGAUCUUAUUUUUAUUAUUUAGCAAAACCAAUUCUGCUGUAUAUGACCAUUUCUUAAGCGGUGUAUAUUUAUCUAGAAAAUAAAACUUCCAACUUCUCUUGGCA